AAAUUGUAAAGUUACUAAAUAUAAUAUAGAAUUUUCAAUGUGAUCUUAUUCUAUUUUUAGUUACGAUUCCAAUGAACAGACAAUUCCAUUCAUUUUGUUAUAAUUAGAAGCAUCGAUCAAUGUCCAAAGAUAUCAUUCAUAACUGAAUCUGUUAAGACAUAGAAAUAACUUUGCAUCUUAAAGAACAUAAAUGUCUGUUUCUCCUGUCAUUUCUCUCCAUCUCCCAUUUUCUUUCGUUUUCUUCGCAUGCAUAGAGAAAAGAAAGGAUCAGCAACAAACCAGAGAAGCAAAAAGAACCCCCCAUUACACAGAAACAACACCAUCCCCGUCGGCAACGCAACCGAUAUCUCACCCAUCAAAACAAACAAACAAACAAAAAAAAAAGAUUAAAUAAAAAUUCAACAAUAUGAGCAGCAUUACAAGGAUUGGCAACGGCACCACCACCCAAGCUUGUGCUGCCUGCAAAUACCAGCGCAGGAAGUGCGCUCCUGAUUGCAUUCUCGCCCCUUAUUUCCCCCACGAUCGCCAGAGACAAUUCCUUAAUGCCCAUAAAUUGUUUGGCGUAAGCAACAUUACUAAAAUCAUCAAGAACCUUAACCAACCUGACAAGGACGAAGCCAUGCGUACUAUCAUUUUUCAAUCAGAUGUUCGUGCCAAUGAUCCUGUCGGAGGCUGUUAUCGAAUCAUUCGUGAGCUCCAACGACAGAUCGAAUUUCAUAAGAAUGAGCUUGAUCUUGUUCUUCACCAACUAGCCAUAUGUCGGGCACAAACUCAACAGCAGCAGCAGCCUCAUUUCCAAAUCCUUGAAAGUGAUGAUUCAGCAACGUUGGGUUGUGAUAUAGUUAAUGCCGACUCUUUGGAUAUCUACGAUCCAAUUUUGCAAUAUCAAUACGCACAAACACAAGAAGAAGAAGAAUUUGUUGUUCAAGAUAAUAAUCAACAACUACAAGAAAGUAUUAAUGCGUUGGCUAUUCAAGAAUCUAGUCUUUCGCCAUCAUCUCCAUCAUUGCAUCUUAAGCAGCCUUUUGACAACGAAUGUGACGAUAUCAAGCCACUCCUUGAUAUUAACGAUGUCAAGUUUGAGCCUGAAGAGUUAGUUGAAAGGAAGUUUCUGCAGUCGACCCAGUUAGUUAUUUCAUCGUAGUUCACCCCACAUUCUUCUUCAUCAUAUAUGCGAAAAAGAAGAGAUCGAUCGAGUAUUCUAUCUUCACCUCUUCUUUGAAUUUGCUCUGUCGAUAGAGGUGAACUCUUUUUUUUGUGUUUAUAUUGACAUAGUAGACUGAAUAUUUUGUGGGAUUCAAAUGACAUGUCUAAUUAUGAGUUUUAUAAGGAAACAGUUUUUUUUUUUUUUUUUUCCUUUAAUCAAAUGCAUAAGUUUCUCAGGAUGUAUGAGUAGGCCUAAACAGAAGUUAUAACAUUAUUAGCAUAUUGGUUACUGUAAUUCAAAGAUACACACAGCUAAGAUUUGCACCACAUUUUGGCAAAAGGGCACAGCAAUUCUGGUUUUGAGUUUUUCAAGAUUUCUAGUUUUUAUUUCUUACAGUAAAUGAAAAGAAGCCAUCUUUCAUUUGCAUGAGGAUUUCCUUGACAAGCCUUCCCUCAGUGGUAGUAACACGAUUUCUGCCUUGUCUCUUUCUAGGAAAUGGUUAUCUACUGCAAAAAUAUAUAUUUAUACCUAUAAUCUAAGUUGAUAAAAUGUGAGGGACACAUAUUUAUUAAAGUUAAAUAACUUAAUUUAGUACUUCUGCAUCCAAUGCAUUAUUCACACAAAAUGGGUGUCUCAUUGCCACUUUUAAUCCAACUUUAAGUGAGUUUGACGGUCAGUUGUAUUUUUAUUAUAUUGUUGUUAUUGUUGUUGAUGUAACUUCAAAAAUUAAAACUUGUGUAGAUAACCAUAUAUAAUCAUAUUAAAAGAGAAAACAAGAUUACAUUACCUAUCAUAUUCAGCUUAAAUCUUUACAUUUUGCAAUGUGUCUACGCCUAUGGAGAGUCUCAUGCAAUUUUCACUAUCACUCUCUGGUGUAAAAGACCUCAUAAGAAAUGCGAAGUGGAAAUUUGCCAAAGU